AUGAGCUACUGUAUGCAAGAAAUAUAUGAAGUGCAUCCUGCUGCUGGUAGCAAUUGCUACAUGCAGUCCGCCGAUUAUUGCACAUAUAUUGAAGAUAGUCAGGGUUACAGCAGUUGUGAUGCUCAGGUCCUGCACAAUAACAACAUAUAUAUGGAACAGGCCUGGGCCGUGAAUCAGCCAUAUACCUGUAGUUACCCUGGAAACGUGUUUAAAAGCGAGUACUCUGACAUGGACAUGGCCCUGAAUCAGUACAACCAACCUGAAUAUUUCACAGAAGAAAAACCUACUUUUUCUCAAGUGCAGUCGCCAUCGUACUCUCAGAAGAAAGGAUACAUACCCAGUUACUUAGACAAGGACGAGCUAUGUGUAGUAUGUGGUGACAAAGCCACCGGGUAUCAUUAUCGCUGCAUCACUUGUGAAGGAUGCAAGGGAUUUUUUAGAAGAACCAUUCAGAAAAAUCUCCAUCCAACCUAUUCCUGUAAAUAUGAAGGAAAAUGUGUGAUAGACAAAGUAACAAGAAACCAGUGUCAAGAAUGUCGCUUCAAAAAAUGCAUCUAUGUUGGCAUGGCAACAGAUUUGGUGCUGGAUGACAGCAAGCGGUUAGCAAAAAGAAAGCUGAUAGAAGAAAACCGAGAGAAGAGACGUCGGGAGGAGCUACAAAAAACAAUUGGGCACAGACCCGAGCCAACAGACGAGGAAUGGGAGCUGAUCAAAAUUGUCACUGAAGCACAUGUGGCCACCAAUGCACAAGGAAGUCACUGGAAACAAAAACGGAAAUUUCUGCCAGAAGAUAUUGGGCAAGCACCAAUGGUUAAUGCCCCAGAAAGUGGGAAAGUGGAUUUAGAAGCCUUCAGCCAGUUUACAAAAAUUAUCACACCAGCAAUUACAAGAGUGGUGGAUUUUGCCAAAAAGUUGCCUAUGUUUUGUGAGCUGCCAUGUGAAGACCAGAUAAUCCUUUUGAAAGGCUGCUGUAUGGAGAUUAUGUCCCUCCGAGCAGCAGUGCGCUACGACCCCGAGAGUGAGACUUUAACACUAAAUGGGGAGAUGGCAGUGACAAGGGGUCAGCUGAAAAACGGGGGUCUCGGCGUAGUGUCUGAUGCCAUCUUCGACCUGGGCAUGUCGCUGUCCUCGUUUAACCUGGAUGACACGGAGGUCGCCCUGCUCCAGGCUGUGCUGCUCAUGUCAUCAGAUCGCCCAGGUCUCCUCAGUGUUGAGAGGAUAGAAAAAUGUCAAGAAGGUUUCCUCCUGGCCUUUGAACACUACAUUAAUUACAGAAAACAUCACGUUGCACACUUUUGGCCAAAACUGCUGAUGAAAGUGACAGAUCUACGAAUGAUUGGAGCCUGCCAUGCCAGCCGCUUCCUGCACAUGAAGGUGGAAUGCCCCACGGAACUCUUUCCCCCUUUGUUCUUGGAAGUGUUUGAGGAUUAG